AUGGCGGGCUCGCUACGCAUCCGUGUUGAGAACGCCUAUGAUGGCGCUCCCCGCACGUUCUACCCCGUGGUUGUCAUUGGAGCCGGUGCAUCAGGUAUCGCUGCCGGAUGUCGUCUGAAGCAGAAGUGUGGUUGUGACCAAUUCCUUGUCUUUGAUCGUCAGUCUGGCAUUGGAGGUACAUGGUGGAGGAAUCGGUAUCCUGGCGUGGUACUUAUGCAGGAUAGACCGGCAUUCUUUUACUCUUUUUCCUUCGCACCAAAUUAUCUCUCCAAGACUAUCUUUCCUUCAGGUAGAGACUACAUCGACUAUCUGUACAAUGUGGUGGAACGCGCUGGCAUCGCGGAUAAAAUCCAACUUAACACAGAAGUCAUAUCGUUGGAGUGGAUUGAAAAGGAUGCGGAAUGGGAACAAUAUAUUUCUCAGGUCUAUGGUCAAGACUCAAGGGGCAAGAAAACUGAAGCUGUUGAAAUCGUCCGGGCUAAGGUGGUGAUCAGCGCCGUGGGCGUACUGGCCGAGUCUUCCGAAUGGCCGUCCAGUGUGGCGAGCCGCGAUACUUACAACGGACAAUUGCUACACUCAGCACGAUGGCCUGACAAGAUCAGCCUUGAUGGCCAAGAUGUUGUGCUUGUCGGAUCGGGCUGCAGCGCGGCUCAGAUUGCCCCCGCUCUUCUGCAGACCAAAGUCAAAUCGCUGACGCAGAUCAUGCGCACCGCACCGUGGCUUGUGCCACGUGUGGAGGAGCCUGGUGGAAGGGAUGCAUAUGCCAAGUGGGCACCACGCAUCUACGGCAUGAUCCCUGGACUGAGGUAUACGGAGGAAGCGUCGUGUCUUGCCCACAUGCGUGCACUUGCCCCCAUCACAUAUCAUGACCAGCUGACGCCAACCUACCAGUUAGGAUGCAAGCGCCGAAUCUAUGACAAUGACUGGCUGCGAGGGAUGCACGAUCCGCGCUUCAUGCUCGAGUCACGGCCCUGGCGCAGCGUAGCCGAUACCUCCAUUACCGUGGGUGAUGGAGACAACGCUAAGACCUACCACGCUGACACGCUCAUUCUCGCGACGGGUUUUGAGGCCACUCAGUUUCUGCAACCGAUCUCUGUCGUGGGGCGACACGGUCUUUCCCUACACGGGCUGUGGGCAACCCGUGGUGGCCCACAUGCCUAUCUAGGCACAGCAGUGGAUGGAUUCCCCAACUUCUUCUUAAUUUUGGGACCAAACACAUUUUCAGGCCACACAUCAGUCAUUAUGGCGAUUGAGAACAGUGUAGACCAUGCAAUGCGACUGAUUGCCCCUAUUUUGGACGGUCAGGUCGAGAGUAUUGAGCCCAAGACUAUCGCGGUUCAAACCUGGCUGACCGGUAUACGACGCGACAUGGCCAGCACAGUAUUUGCGUCCUGUCAGAGUUGGUACAACGGUGGCGGUCGGUACAACUCAGUAAUGUAUCCUGGCUAUAUUGAUAUAACUCACACCAUCCACAAUCGGCGGCAUUUGCUCUCAGCUGAAUCGGUCCCAUUUGCCAAAGAAACAUUAUGUUUGCCUCCUAUUCAGUACUCGGACAAAGUUAUACAAGACACAUUUGAUCUGGACUCUCGGCUAAGAGAGGUUGAUAUUCUAUGGAACAAAUGCGACAUGCGUUGGGCGUCGACGUAUUGGGUCGGGUUCCAAGUAGCGAAUAUGAGGCCGCGAAAGAAGUUGCACGGAAAAUGA